AUGAGAAUUUUGUUUCGAAAAAAAAUAACUCCACUAGCUACUAAUGUUCAGGUAAAUGUAAACAAUGUAUUUAAAUCAUAUGAUGUGAAUAAAAAUAAUAAUUUUGAAAAUAUUACAUAUUGUGAAGUAGAGAAUACAAACUCAACUGAAAAAGAUGUUACAUCAGAUAUCCAACCAUUAAAUAUAAACUAUAAUUUGUUUCCUCAUCCUUUAACAAUCGAUAAUAAUACUGAGAAGAAUAAAUUAACAAAUGAUAAAAACAAUGAAAAUAAAACUAACGAAGAUCAUUCAUGUUUAACUGAUUCAAAAUCAUGUGAUAAAGAGAAUUUAUCAAGUUAUGUAGACAAUGAACCUUCAGAAAAUACUACCGAAUUCUUAAAUGAACAAACAUUAAACAUACAUAAAAAUGAUUGUGAACUUUUAGAAAAUGUCGAUGAAACAAUAACUAGUAAACAUGAAUUAAUAAAAGAAGUUGCACAAAAUGUGAAAUCAAAGUCAUCUACUUUUCCUGUUGUAGACAGUAGUAGUAAUAAUAUUAAUAAUAAUAAUAAUCAAAAUAAAUUAUUUCAACGACUUAAAACUGAACGUCACUGUUAUAAUGGUGUAGAAUCUAAUACAAUUGAUCGAAAUAGUCGACUAUCAAUAGAACGUGUAAAAGCAGCUAAAGAUGAAGUUGAUGAUGCCAUAAAAAACAGAAAAAUCUUUUCUGUUCUUGGUCCUUAUAAUCGUGUCAGAAAAGCACUAAGAACCCGUGGAUGGAUUGAAAAAUUUGAUGUCAGCAAUGGAGCAUUUGGACAAAUGACGGCGGAUGCAAAUAGAACUAUACGACCAAUAACUUAUGUAAAAACUGCACGAAAUGCUAAUUCAUCAUCAUUAAACAAUGCCACGCUAGAAGAUUCUGAAGACGGUGAUUCAGAUGAUAAUUUAACUGUUGCAAACGAGGAAAAACAACGUAUGAAACCAUGGGAAGAAGAAAAUGGUUAUUAUGGAUUGUUGUCACGUAUGGUUCGUUCAGAGUUGCCAAGAUUUAUUUGGUCAUUACGUAAAAAUCAAGUUGAUUUUAAUCAUCUUCAAAAGGAUCAAAUCAUUAAUCAUCACAGUGGGGCACCAUUUACAACUAAGGUUGGAUUAUGUAAACAACUGCGUCAAAUACGAUGGUUUGCUGAUUGUGACGCUGAUUACUUUUUUCCACGUUGCUUUAUUAUCAGUGAAGAAGACGAUCGUUUAUCAUUUAUAAAUGAUUUUAGAUUAACCGCAUGUAUAUCGAUUGUAAAAAUGAUUGCCAAUUUAAAUCCGGCUACGACAAAUCUACCAGAUUCAUUGAUGGCAGUUCCAUCCAAUUCUAGCAAUAUAUAUGAAACAAAUAAUGUAGGCGAAAUUAUUGAAGAUAUAAAUGUGACACAUAAUUCAAAUAGUGUAGCGAUGAAGAACCAUUCUUCAAUUGAUGAUAAUUUAUCAAGAGAUGAUUUCUUAUCAUUUUUAAACAAUACGAUAUUCCAUAAAAAAGAAUGGAAUAUAAAUUUAGCACCAAGUGAUUUAUCGAAUAAUUUUGAAAUUCCCCAUGAAAUAAUAGAAUUUUCAAUUUUUCAAUGUCAAGAAUUUCUUAAGACCAAGUAUCAUGAUGAUCUUGACAAUUCAAGUAAACAUUUUCUUACUUCUGAAUAUCUUUGGGAUAAAUUUUUAUCAUGGUAUUAUCAGAUAAUAAAAAUGCCUCAUUUACUUGUGACAGCAAAACAUUUCUCAUCUCAUUGUCAAUAUCUUUGUAAAUUACUUAAAAAAUACUGUCCACAAUUUGAUAUGGAUGGAGUGCGUAAUGUUUGGAUUGUAAAACCUGGCGCCAAAUCAAGAGGACGAGGUAUCAUUUGUCAUAAUCGAUUAGAUGAUAUUUUAAAAAUUGUCCAAGGCAGUGUAUUCAUUGCUGAAGCACGUUAUGUUGUACAGAAAUAUAUUGAAAGACCAUUAUUAAUAUAUAAAACAAAAUUUGAUAUAAGACAAUGGUUUCUUGUUACUGAUUGGGCACCAUUAACUGUAUGGUGGUAUCAAGAUUGUUAUUUAAGAUUUUGUUCACAAGAAUUCACUUUGAAUGAUUUCAGUGAAUCAAUACAUCUUUGUAAUAAUUGUAUACAACAUAAAUAUAAAAAUGGAUCUAGAUCCUUUAAAUUACCAGAUGAGAAUAUGUGGACUUGGGAACAGUUUCAAACAUGGCUAACUGAAGAAGGUCAUCCAAAUUUAUGGAACGAAAAAAUUCUACCAGCAAUGAAAAAUGCAGUUCUAAGUACAUUAUUAUCUUCGCAAGAAUCAAUCGAGCCUAGAAAAAAUUGUUUUGGUCUGUAUGGAGCAGAUUUCCUAUUAACUGCCAAUGACUAUAGAAUAUGGCUUAUCGAAAUUAAUUCAAGUCCAUGUAUGUCACCGAGUACAUCCGUUACAGCUGCAUAUACUACUAAUGUGUUAGAAGAUACUUUGAAAGUUGUUUUAGACAGAAAAUUUGGUCGUAACUCAGAUGUUGGACGUUUUGAAUUACUGUAUCGACAACCAUUUCAUAAUCCAAAUAAUGUAUACACUGGUAUGGAACUUUAUGUGAUUGGAUCGAAAAUAAAUAAACCACAUGUAGAAAAUUCAAACGUUUUACGUUGUUUUAAUAAAGAGACGCUUGAAAUCAAUGGUCAAUCAUUGUCAGAUCCAGAAGUGAAUGUAAUGUCAACAGUUGUUAAAGAUAAGAAUGAUACAUCUCCUUCUAUCCUAAGGCAAAUGGAACCAUCAACACAAAAAGUAAUUAAUCUACCGAAUAUAAGUCAUGGAUAUGCAGGCACUACGGAAAUUGUAAAGGGAAUGACUAGUUUAUUGCCACCUAUGAAGUGUGAUAAAUUUUCAGUUCAAAAUCAACACACUAACCAUCAGUCAACUGUGAGUUCAAACACUGAUAACCCAGUCAAACAUUUACAAUCUAUUAAGAAGACAAAUAGAGAUACACGAUCCAAAUCUUCCAAAUAUGAAAAUAAACCAAAAAGUUGUAAAGAAUCUAAUGUUUUAAAAUCUGUAACAAAUAUUGAUUACUUAACUAAUAUGGAAUCUGGUGCUUGUCGAUUUAAAUACAAUGAUAAAAAUCUUGAACUCAAUGAUAUUUCACAUGAUAACAAUCUUUUAAAAUCAAGCAGAUCAGAGUGUUGUCUAAAACCAUCUGAAGAAGAAGAAGAAGCAGUUAAAUUAAGAUCACUAAUGGGUUCCUCUGGUAGUUUAACUAUUAAAAAUUCCUCUACAUUCAACUUGAAUAAAUCAAGGCUACACCUAGUGAAUAAAAGUCAACUGAACCAGCAUAAUGAAAAUGAAACAAGCAAUUCAACAGAUUUAUUAAAUUCUAAUCACAAAAGUAUAUUCGAUAAUAAUAAUAAUAAUAAUAAUAAUAAUAAUAAUACACAUUCUUCAUCACCAUUACUACCUAAAAUCCACAAAAAUCGAAAUUCAGUAUUUAAUUUAAAAUUAACUAGUCUGAAUCGUUCGAAACUCACAACAAAUCAAACAAAAAAAUUACCAAUCAAAUUUGAACACAUAAUCAAAGAAAAUUUGAAUAUUGACACAAUCAAUAAUACCAUUUCAUCGAAUUUUAUUUCAACACAAACUACUACUAAUUUAUUAAUGAAUUAUUUACAUGAAAAGAAUUUGACUAAAGAAUUAAAUUGUGAAGAAAUAAUCACAGAUAAAAAUCAACAAUUAUUGAAUAAUAAUAAAUCCAACAAACUACCGAAAAUUGUUAAAAUCAAACCUACUUCUGCAUAUCAAUCUACAAAUUCUAUGCAUAAAAGAUCGAUUCAUAAGAAUUGUUUUGAUAAAAUUAAAUUAAAUAUUAUACAAUUUAAUGGAGAAGAUCGCAAUAAUUAUUUGAAGCAUAUUCCACAGGAAAAAUCAAAUCAAAAUAAAUUGUAUAAACAUUUACGCAGAAGACGUAUUGUACUGCGUAAAAUCAAGAAAACUAGACAUUCUCCUGUAGUAGGCAGAAAGCUAUCAGCUCGUCAAUCACAAUUGAAACGUUUUAAAGUGUUAAUAGUCAAUCAGAAAUCGAUCGAUUUAACUAGGAACAAUAAUUGUUCAAUGAAUUUAAAUAAUAGUAAUGAUUGUAGUACUACUACUACUGAUGACUAUGAUUUCACAAUCAAUUCCAGCGAUAAUAUCACUUUGCAUGGUAAUGGUCGUAAUGAAUUAUUAAAGAUUAUUACAUCACCAAAAUCAUCUCGGAAGCAAAGUUCCAGUGAUUCAGGAUUUGAUGAUGAAAAAUCAACUCCAUUGAAAACUUCUUUACCAUUAGUUAGUCCUACGGUAGUGAUUACUCAUAGAAGUAAUAAUAAUAAUAAUAAUAAUAGUAAUGAUAAAGUGUUAUACAAUGAUUUCUUACCUUGUAGCUUUAUUCAUUCUAGUAAAAUGAUCAUUAAUCAUCCUAACACAGAUAAUAUAAAAUUCUCCAGGCAUAAUAUGAAUAAUAAAAAGUUUAAUCUGAAAUUUCUUUCUCGUAUUGCAAAUAAAUAA